UUUAACGCUGAACAGAAGUUACUGGCGCGCGAAUCAGAAAGAACUCACAGGUUGACAAAAUUGAAUCAGUGUAUUAAAAAGCAAAAACAACAACAAAAACAAAAGCGCGGAAAUAAAUAAAAAUAAAAAAACAACCUGUGUACGGUGCACCGAUUGUCAACAUAAAAAGGUGAUUGGAACGUGCGUCGAUCGCAUUCAUAUCUCGGAAGUGCAGUGAACAAUACCUAAAUCUAGCAAUAGAAAAACUGAUAUGCAUCUAUACAUGUCGCAAGUGAACAUAAUAUAAAAAGUCAUAAAUACACAAAUAAAAGAUAUUUAGAUACCAAAGCGGUACAUUAUUAAACAUAAUAAUAGUGAAUAAAAAUACUGCCAACUGCAAAAGUGAUUACAUCUGAAGUACUACUAGUUGAUAAGAGUUUAUGAAACAGUGAAGUUGUCCAAAGGGUCUAAAGGAAACACCCAAUCAGCACAGAGCAAUAGCCAGCAUAAAUGGAUAGCAAAUUGGAGAAAAAUGAGGACGAUACGCAACGUAAAGGUUGGACACCACUGUUGGCACUGGUUUGCUUUGCAACCACCUUUGGUACCGCAAUUCCCGUUGGCUACUGUCUUGGAGUUAUGAAUACACCCGCAGAGUACAUUAAAUCCUGGUGCUUCGAUGCAUUUGCGAUACGUUACAACGAGCAAUUGAGUUCAUCACAAGUCGAUCUGCUUUGGUCGGCGAUUGUAUCUAUAUUUCUCAUUGGCGGCAUUUUCGGGUCAUUCAUAGCUGGAGGUUUUUGUAAUAGAUUUGGAAGAAAGGGAUCGCUGCUGGUCAGUGCAUUCCUGUUGACACUCUCCGGCAUUCUUUUACACUUUUGCCGAAUGACAAAUUCGGUGGAGAUGCUCUUGAUUGGGCGUUUUACCAUUGGUGUUGCUGCCGCAAUCACCUACACCGUUCAUCCGAUUUACCUUCUGGAGAUUUCACCAACUCACCUACGCGGUAGUGCAGCUGUCUUCACAUCGAUCGGCGUGACUGGCGGCAUUUUCGUCGGACAAAUUUUUAGUCUUCAACAAGUUUUCGGCACCGAAGACUUGUGGGAGUUCGCUCUCAGCUUCUAUACAGUGUUUGUAGUGGUCAGUUUUCUUCCGGUCUACUGGUAUCCGGAAUCUCCACGUUGGCUUUAUUUGAUGCGUCAAGAUGAGCCAGCAGCACGUAAAGAACUGCAACGUUUGCGCGGAAAGAAUUCCGAUGAGUGUGUGAAUACCGAAAUAGCGGAUAUGAAAGAAUUAGUCGCAUAUGCGAGCAACGAGAAAAUAGGGUUUUUGGCUGUUGUGAAAAAUCCCGAAUACUUGUUGCCACUAGUAAUCUGCUGCUCAUUUCCACUAUGCCAACAAUUGAGCGGCAUUAAUGCGAUCUUCUUCUACUCCGUGAGAAUCUUCAUGAAGGGAGGCUUUUCGCUAGAGAUUGCAACGUGGAUGAAUUUUGGAGCAGGUUUUUUGAAUUUAGUAUUCGCUAGUGUAAGCCCAAUAAUGGUACAAAAGUUUGGACGUCGUCCACUAAUGAUGUUUUCCGCUGGCGGCUGUGGAAUAUCGCUCUUCGGCAUGGCCUUUGCCUUGAAUUACAUUGACCGCGUAAGUUGGUUGCCUAUUCUUUGCAUUGCCUUCAUUGCAUCGUUCAUAUUCUCCUUCAACGUGGGCCUGGCGCCCGUGCCAUAUUUUGUGGGCGCAGAACUCUUUGAAGUCGAGUCGCGCUCGGUGGCCAUGUCAAUGGGCAACUUUUUUUCAUGGAGUGGUAACUUCAUGAUUGGAAUGUUCUUUCCCAUGUUAGAGGCUAUUUGGGGUUCUUAUGCCUUCCUACCUUGUGCUGCGAUGUGUCUGUAUUGUUUUCUGCUGACGUGGCGUUACCUACCCGAAACUCGCGGAAAAGAUGUUGCGGACGUUAAACCAUUAAUGGCUAAGGGAUUUCGUUCUAAGGUGCAUUGAGCGAUAUCUGAUUUAAGAAAAGUAAGAGUAUUUAGUAUUUUCCUAUGUAAAAAGGUAUACAAGUGUGUUCCAGCGCUUUAGUAUUGGUAUCCAAAGUACCUGUGUUGUAGAGUUUAAUUUUAAAAUAUAGUUUUCUGUGUAUAUAUUCCUAUAUCCACAUAUCUUUAGUUAUUUAUUUAUUCCUUUCAAUUACUCCAAGCUUUAAUGUCGCAUCUGUCUUAAUCAUUUACCGUCUACGUCUAGGUCUAUAUACAUAUAUAGAUAUGUAAGCAGUUAUUGUCAAAACAUUGUUACGUUUAAAAAUAAAAAUCUUAAAAAAGUG